AUGUGCUGCCCAGACGUGUUUCCCACUUCCACCUUCCUCCUGGGACUCGUGUGCUUGACAGCUUUCAGCAACUUUGCUAAGACUUCUGCAGACUUCUCAGGUUACAUAUCACAGGUACUAAGGAACUACACUGACCAUGCCUGCGAUGGAGAAUACAUCUCCCUGAGGUGUCCUCACAGAACCACCAUCAGCAUCCAGUCCUCUUUUUAUGGUCGAAUUGUCCCAAGCCAUCAGAUGUGUCCUUCUCGCUAUCCCCACUCCUAUGCAACUUUAAUUAAAGAAGAUGUUGCCUGUUCAGUUGGCACUUCCCUUCAGAAGAUGCUGGAUGAGUGCCAGGACAGGCGGAGCUGCCAGUUCCUCGUCAAUAGCCGGCUCUUCGGGACAGAUCCAUGCCCUGGAACCGGCAAGUACCUCAUUGUGUGGUACAAGUGCAGGCCAAAUGAAUACAAGAGUAAAGUAGCCUGUGAAGAUGACAAGCUGAGGCUAAGCUGUAAGAAGAGCAUGGUGAUAGCCAUUUACUCGGCUAUCUUUGGGAGGACACAAGGAGGUGGCCUGGAGUGCCCGUACCAAAACCUAGGGAUGCCCAUGAUUGAGUGUCAGUCAGCUACUGCUCUCCAGCUCAUGAUCAAGCGCUGUCAUGGGAAAAGAAGCUGCAGCAUAUAUGCCAGCACCUAUGAAUUUGGAGAUCCUUGUUAUCCAGGCAUCCAAAAGCAUCUUAAUGUCAUCUACACCUGUGGAUAUGGCAUUCAUGAGCCUGGCACGUUUAGAAACAUCCCUGCUCCAGAUCAGCACAACUUUCCUGCCAAAAAGGGCUAUGGGACUGCAAAAAAAUCUGUUACAGGGGAAGUACUGAGACUGUCUGGCUCCUGUGUGGUGGACAGCGAGUCUGGCAUUGGCCAGGGAAUGGCCAGUGAACCCUGA